AGUGUCAGUGGCCCGCUGACUGUAUUCGCGGCGAAACGUCGGUGCGGUUAGGCUGUGUGGCAUUAGAAGUUUUUUAAAUUUUUUUAUAGACUUUUAUUCGUACUUAGAUACUGUGUUAGUCAGUGUUUAUUUUUUUUUCAAACGUGAUAUUUCGUUCGUUUCAACAAUGUGGCGAGUGAUCGUAUUAACGCUAUCUCUACUUGCGAACGCAAACUCUUACACCUCGAGGCAACAUCGGCCAUACUCAGCAGCAUCUGAAUCGCAGAUACGGUUUGCGAUUGAGAACAAAUACGACGACACCGGCCCAGGAGCCAAAGGGCAAGAAUACGCUUACAAGACGUACAACACAUUGGAAAACGCCCUAGUAUCGUACCUGGACGACCCGGACACCAAACUGCCCGACCACGAGAGAGAAAAGGCGUUAAACAUUCUCCAACUUCAAAAUCAGGACGUCUAUAGCAACCUUAAGCUGCGCCCAUUCCCAAAUACCGUAGAGGGAUAUAAAGCGUACACAAAACAGUCUAUACCGCCCGUGGUCAAACUGAAUAUUCCUAAUAAGCAGAGUUUCCAACCUCCGACUGCCAAUUACGGACUCUUGAAUACGAAAGGCGCACAACUGAAUGACAUACCACAACUGUUCGAGAAAGACGGCGUGCGCGACACGGGCUACAGCUUCCAGAAGAUUCAGUCGACGAAGGGCGCGCCGGUCAGCGUCGCCAACUUCCACAGAGGCUUCGGCAGCAGCGGGGAGACCGUCGACGAUGACCAGUUCGACCCCAACCCGCAAUACAGCUACUCCUAUGGGGUUCAUAACAAGCAGACCGGCGACACGAAGGCGGCGCAGGAGACGCGCGCCGGCGGCGUGGUGCGCGGCUUCUACUCCUUCCUCGACGCCGACGGCAAGCAGCGCACCGUGCACUACACCGCCGACGACGCGGCCGGCUUCCGCGCACAGGUGCAGCGCACGGAGCGGGGCAGCGCGUAGACUGCACCCUCAGACCAAUUAUAGAAGGACCUGUAUCGCACUCAUAGUCACGAACAAAAUAGUCUGUCAUUUUCUGAGGAAAACGAACUUAGAUUUGGUAUAUAUCUUGUACUAAACUAGAAGUUUUUGCCCGUUUUUUACACCAUUCAAUUACGCAGAAAGGUAUUUUUACGGAGCUCUUUAACCGACGAACACGGAUUACGACUAUUUAACAUCGAUACUAUAGAGACAGUUUUGUAUAAUCGUAUUAGAUCGUUGAUCAUAUACUUUGACAGAAAAGUAACGUCAAUCGAGGCAGGUCCUAUACAAUAAUUGGUCUGAAACUGCACCACAUAUACGAACAAGACAAAAACUUUCACUUAAUUGGGUAUUUGACUACCCUUCUUUACAUUCAACGUAAGAUUUUUUUUUAACAGAUGCAUAAACAUAAACGCACAAAUAACAAAGAUAUCUGUGAUUUUGUUUCAAGCCCAUACAAGUAAUACGAUUUUUCGUCGGUGCUACGUCACACCAAAGAAGUAUUUAGUAAGACUAUUUGUAAAGAUUCUAUCACCAGCAUUUCGACUGGUAGAAUCCUUACAAAUAGUCAACUGACUGAGUGUCAAAAGUGCUUGAAAUAAAUGAAUUUUGAAUUGGAUUUUUUUGACUAUGGAGCGUAUUUGUUCGAUCCACGGCAACGCCGCAAAGCAUUUAAUAUACAAUAAAAAAUAGUCAAAUACCCAAUUGUUUUUAAUAGACAGUGUAAAUUCUAUUUAUCCACACAUGAUUUAGGAUCAAACUCGUCUAUCGGCAGACACGGACUACGUAUCGCCUCGAGGCACUCAGUAUUAUUUGUAUGAAACCGGUAAAGACGUACCGCCAAGCGAUUUAGCGUUCCGGUACGAUGCCGUGUAGAAACCGAAAGGGGUGUGGAUUUUCAUCCUCCUCCUAACAAGUUAGCCCGCUUUCAUCACCACUUUAUCAUCACUUACCAUCAGGUGAGAUUGUAGUCAAGGGCUAACUUUUAUAGAAUAAAAAAAAAAUACUCCAUACUUUAAACACGCACAUGCACACGUACACGAUACGGAACGCGUCGCCUCCGGAUAAGCUACGUACGAUACGUAGCCGUUUCGUGUCCUUGCCAAUAGGUGAGUUUUGAGCUUUAACAAUGAACCCUCUAAAAGAUUAAAUUUCAGAUUCUCAAUUGUUCAUUAUAUAAAGAAAAUUUUCAAUAUUUUCUACAGAAUACCAUGAGGAAUUGUCAACGAUGUCUCCAGUUGCAAAAGCGUUAGCUUCGAGACAACCAUUCGCUAGAGACGACGACGCUUUAAAGUUAAAAAAAAUCUUUAACUGUGUUCUUUAAAGGUUGUCGCGAAGCCUAAGAGACUGGCGACUUAGAAUAUAACUUUCAAUAUUGCCGAGGAAAAUAUUAAAAAAAUACUUAGACGGUUGAGGGUCUGGAGCCUUGAAACUUACCUACUAUCUUCCAAAGUCACCGCAGUCUAAACUCCAUAAUUGGCUAUCGUACUUACAGUUCGCGCGGCGAGAGUUUGGCUUUGACCUUCGGAUGGAGGGGAUUACUGCGCAUGGGUACUGUCACGCACACAAUACUUUUCCUUUUUUAUGUACCAGGUUGGAUAUUUGAGUGGGUCAAAAUUCAUGUAUAGUGAUAAUAAUGCUAGAAAAUAAUACGAAGUAGAUAAACUUCUUCAUUUAUUAAAACUAUUGAUAGUUAUUUUACAUAUUUAAAAUGUUUAUACAGAGACAGCAAUGAAAAUUCUAAAUAAUUGUUUUUAAUAAAAUUAUUUAUUCCAAGAUUCCAAGAAGUUUGGUUAUUUUCCGACUGACUGAGUAAAGAAGCAACUUCCUCAAUCUUACUUCGAAUUUGCUUCAAUGAAUCGAUACAUUCGUCAGCUUCUUUCUUUAAAAAGCAAUUCACGUCAUAUAUCAUUUUCCGUGCUUGCCUUUUUAAAACAAUGUUUUUUUUACGCAUUUUUAAAUCACUUUUUAAUAUUUAACAAAAAAACUUAAACAAACAAACUCAACAAAUAAUAACAAUCGACAACAAUUAACGAAAAUAGCAAUUCAUUUGUGAACGUGAUUGUACAACAGGAGUGCGCGGUACGUCGUUUCGGUGCGAGAGGCAGGUAACGACUGGAGCGCCAAUCAGAGCACCGCGCACCCGCCCCGCACCCCGCUAAUGCCCGUUGAUACCCAAUUUCUGAUUUCUGCGCAAUAACGGUCAAAGCCAAACUCUCGCCGCGCGAACAGUACCUAUGAUAGGAUCAUAGGUUGCUAAACUUUCAGCCUACCUAAAAUAAUAUAUAUCUGGCCAUCGCAGACUUUCGCUCUCGAUAUAAACAUAUUUCGUACGUAUACUACACCAGUUCUUACUAAUUUCGACAACUUAGGACAUUAUUAAGUUAUUGCAAAAUUAAGUAUGACGUACCUAUUGCUAUAUUUAUUUAGAGAAGCUACUCUACCUACCUGUACCUUGGCAGCUAGACUGUAGUUAGGUGUUGUGUCUCUAUUUAUCGACCAGUCUCAAUAACGCCGUACAAUAUGCAGUCAAGUAUCCAUGUAUGAAGUUUACAUUGUACAAAAUAUAUACGAAUAGCCACCAAAGGUCUAAGUCAUCAUAACCUAACCACAAGCUCUUAAAUCUGACAUAGCGAUUUUAUAAUGUUUUGACAUUUUGUACCCUGAGAGCUUGUAGUGAUUUAACAUCAUUGAUGACAACAUCCUGCCAUAAUUGGCGUGCAAAAUAUACACACUUAUACACUAUAUGAAUAUGGUCUACAAAUCGACCACAAUAAUUCACUCCACACUCAUACCAUUUACUGGAGUACCUAACGUUAUUUACGCCGUAUAAGAUGGAUAGAUGAUGUAUUUGUAAAAGGUAGUGGUAAGACCCCUGAGGCCUUUCUAGACUUUCAGAAGCAACGUGCUGAGCCACCUGUUUCCACCAACUUGGUCUACAUGGAAUACAGUUUAAUUCAAAUACUAGCUUAGCCGAGCAGUUUUCCCACGUAGACUGCAUUCCUGUGAGAAUAUAAAGACAAAAUAAGCCUAUAUGUUAUACCGGACUAUGAUCUACUUCUGUGCACAUCUACGAGUAAAUCCGUUCCGCUGAUGAGCUCUAAGUAAUUGACAUCAGCUAGAAGCAUCAGCUGACAAAGUUAUAGUUUUCUUAUGUCAGCCACUGACAAUCAAGUAAUGCCUGCGGUGAUAACACUGCAGGUAUGUGAGAUUACUUGAUCGUCAGUGGCUGACAUUUCCUUGCACAUAAUUCUACAGACUUGAGUUCGUUAAAAUAAAGAUACCAAUUUUGCCUCGAAUAUAGGUAUAUUAUUAUAAUAUAGGCACGUAAGCAUCAAAAUUCUAAAAUGAUUUAAAGUUAUUAUGGAGUCGUCAUUUCAAAUAAAGUAUUUCUUAAAUCCAAUUUAUUUCAAGGUAUUUGCUUGGUUUUCGAAAUAGUUUUUUUGAAGUUUGAAAAAUUUAUGUUUUGGAUACUUAAUUAUUACUUUCUUUUGGAUACUUACCCUAAAUCCUACCUACCUACACAAUAGGUUUUUUACAGGUGCAAUAAAUAGAUUAUAGUUUUUUUACCUCCAUUUAAUAUGAUUAUGGUUUAUUUUAAUUAUAUAAUAUUUAUAUCCUAUAUCCAUUGUAAAUACUAAUCUUAAUGGAAAAUUACUGUGUCUGAGAUGAGAGCAAUAAAAAUAAAAAUAAUGUUAACUAAUUAAAAUAAUAAUUAAUUACUUCGUAUGCGGAAACUGCCAACUCAGACACUUUUUAGUUUUCUACCUUAUUUAAUGAAAAUAUUUUUGUAUAUAUACCUUUUUGUAUACUUAAUAAAUUAUAAAAA